AUGCCGGGCGGAAGUUCUUUGGUCGCCCCGUCAUUCCGCGACGUCUCCGUCGCCCUCCCGUUGGCUUGCUUGUUCUUUGCCUUAACUUUCUCACUCGCCCCCUUGCCGGAUUGCCGUCUGGCCAUUUUGCUGAGUUCCCGCACCUCCUUCCUCUGCCUUCCUGUCGUUCUUUAUCCGAAGUCCACACCUGCCCUCUCCCCCGUUCUGCCCGUUCCGCCUCCCUUCUCCUGGCCGUCCUCUCUUUCACCCUUUCUUUUCCCUUUCUGCUUGUUCUCUCAGCGGCCCAUCCUUCCUUUCCUGCUGCGUACUGCCAGCUGCUUCCCUCCCGGUGUUUGUACGAUCGUCGGCUUUUCUCUCCGCUACGGGUUUCCGACCUCUACGCCUGCCCCCCCCUCUCCUUCUGUUCCCUUUCGUCUCUUCUCCCCUGUCCCCCUCCCCCUCCUACCUGCCCUCCAUCGAUCCGACCUCCCCCUUCGUCCCGCGCCCUCCCUGCCCUCCUCCCCUCCCCUCUACCCCCUCCCCGCCGUCCUCCCCUCACUUUUGCUGCUCGGCUUUCCUGUGCACGUGCGCUUGGUUGCCGGUCCUUCCCCGCCGACUCUACGCGGGUGUUCUCUCUUCUCUUUCUUCGCUUUUGGCCUUGAUGGUCCCUUUCGCCGUUGCUCAAUCCUAGCCUCUCCCCCUUCUUACCCGUCCGUUUCUUUCCCGCCGUCCCUCCGGGCGCGGCCUCCCUACCCGCGGCGCUGCUCGUCCUCUUUGGUCCGUGCUCUUCCCUUGUUCGUCUCGCUUUCCUUCCCUCUUCUGGUCCACCCCUGCUGUACUCGGCGCUGUUAUCUCAGUUUCUGCUUCUUUCGCUCUCUCUCUCCGGCGUUUCCUUCGUUUCCUCUUCGUGGCCCCCUUGGGCUGGGGCGUGCUUCGUGGUUCCGCCGCUCGCUUUCCGUAGCCCUCUCCUCGGUCUCUCACCAUCCCCUUCGUUCCUGCUUCUCCCUUCGCUCGCCCUCAUCCGUUUGGUGCAUCUUUGUUCGUCCGUUCUCUCUGACUUUGCUUCUCCCGCGGACUUUUUUGGCAGCUUAUCUCCGCUCCCCUUGUCCCUGUGGCUCCCCUCCGCCCGCUCUGGGUCCUUUCCUUCUAUUUGGCCCCCCCGCCCCUGUCGACGCGUCUUGUCGCUUCGCCGUCUCCCCGCCGUUUUUACCGUGCCAUUUGCCGCUGCUGUCCGCUCCGCUCUUCUUCCGCCGUCGUUUCUCCCCGUUGGCUCUUGUCUUGCUGUGCCGUCCCCUUCGCCCCAUUCUCCAGAGCAUCGCGAACCACGUCCUGUUCACCAAAGAGGAGCACAUGAGGCCGUUCAACGACUUCGUGAAGAGCAACUUCGAUGCAGCUAGAAGGUUUUUCUUGGACAUAGCGUCGGACUCUCCUCCCUCUGACACCGUGAACCACAGUCUCUCCUUCAUCAGUGACGGCAACGUUUUGGCUUUGCACCGACUUCUGUGGAACAACCAGGAGAGGAUCGGACAAUACCUCUCCAGCAACCGUGACCAUAAAGCAGUAGGCAGACGUCCCUUCGAUAAGAUGGCGACUCUUCUGGCCUACCUGGGACCUCCCGAACACAAACCAGUGGCCGACACGCACUGGUCCAGCCUGAACCUCACCAGCUCCAAGUUUGAAGAGUUCAUGACCAGACACCAGGUUCAUGAAAAAGAAGAGUUCAAAGCCCUGAAGACCCUAAACAUCUUCUACCAGGCCGGGACGUCCAAAACCGGGAACCCAGUCUUCUACUACGUGGCUCGAAGGUAA